GGCGGCUUGAAGUUGUUUGCAAACAAAUUGCAGCUGAUCAUCGCAAAUAUUUUGAGGAUUUGAUUUGUCUCCGGUCAGAAAUAUCACUAAUUAACAACCACGAGCUAUUUAUGAAUAUACACAUAUUAUGAGUAAGUCAGCUACGUUUCCAGGAUUGGGUGGUCGGAGGAGCGGGCGAGCCAGAGACCAGACUUCUUUGGACGAUGUUCUUGGCGAUUUACUCGGAAGUGAUGAUGAUACUCCAACCACAAAGAAGAAGUUUGGAUUUCAAAGCAGUCCAAAGCCUCGAAGAGUUGAUGAUGAUCCUGACUUCUAUAGUAACUUAGCAGCUGAACUUGGUGAAAGUGAGCUGUCUGAAGUCUCAGAUGCAGAUAUGACUGAUGUGAACAAAGUAUUACAUGAUAUGGGUGACAUGGAUGAUGAUCUACUUGGUUCUUUGAAGAGAAAAUCUAAACCUUCCAAGGCAGAGCCUGAAAAGCAACCACCACCAACACGAAGAGGGAAAGAUGCGGUAAUUAGUAAGCCAGAUACAAAAGACAUUGAUGAUGAACUUUCUAAGUUGUUGAACCAGUCAUUAAAAGACAAUUCCCAACCGAAAUCAUCUCAGAGCAAACCUAGGUAUGAUCUUAGCAAGCAAAGAAAGUCCAUUGAUUACACAUCCCUGCCAGUAGAUGAAGAAGAUCCUCUCAAGGGGUUGAUUAGUGACGAUGAAGAUGAUGAGAAGAGUGAGACUAAAAAAGCUGCUGAGUCCACGCCUUCAGAUACUACAUAUGAAUUGCCAGUUCAAACAGAGAAACCUAAAGUUACUAAAGUUCCAAAGAAAAGAAAAGAUGAUAUUGACCUUGGGGAUGACAUAAAUGUACUGGAUGCGCUAGGUUUUGAUGACAGUCCACGUCCAGGGAAAAAAGUGGGCAAAGACGACGAUGAAAUAUUGAAAGCUAAGUCUAAAGUAAAUGAGUUAUUUGGAAGUAGACCAAGCAGUGCCAGUAAAUCAUUAGAAAGACCACCAACGGGAGAACGCAGGCAAUUUGUACUUGAUAAGAAAUAUACUAAGCCCAAACCCGAUGCCAAAGAACAAAAACCAGAGGACUACACAUUUGGUGGUUACAUGCCAUCAUCUGUGACAACUCCUCCAACAUCAAGAGCAGCUACGCCGGGAUCAAGAGGUGGAACAGCUGGUUCCAGAAGAUCUGUCAGAUUUGCAGAUAGCGAUAGUGAUGAAGGUGGAUCAAAAAAUAGACUAUCAGCAUCAUUGCCAAUAGAUUCUCACAGGCAGUCUGAUAGGUUGGGAAUUUCUGGGUCCCCACCCAAAUCAGACAGCACUUCUGAUUGGCUGGGAUUGAGUACAGGAAAUAAAGACCCUGAGCCAAUCAAACCCAAGGUCAAUAACACACCAAUGAUUACCUCAACACCUAAGAGCAGUGGCAAGACAUCCAGUGCUGAUUAUUUAGGCCUUGGAGAUGACAUUGAUGUAGACUCUCUUGCACAACCACAGUUAACUCCACCAAAACGUGCCACCACUCCUGAUGAGAGUGGACUUGACUUAUUUUCAACUCCUGACAAAAGAGACACAACAUCCCCAUUUCCAUGGGACUCGUCUCAACACAGAAUUAGAACUCCAGAUUACAUGGAAACUACAGACGAAGCCACCACUGUGAAAAGUCCUCGCACUGCGGCCAUGGCAGAGCAGUUGGCACAAAUCAAUCAGUUUGAGGAUGAUCCUCCCAAAAGACGCCCACCUGUAGAUGGAGGUAAAAAAGAACCAAAGUGGAGACAAGAGCUGAAACAAAAACAACAGCAACAGCAACCAAGGCAACAGCAGAGAUCACCACCCAGGGACAUCCCACCUAGCUCUCCACAGCUCCCAUCCAGUUCAUUCACUGCUCCAACUAUUACAGAUUUCUCAAGAAAACAGGAGGAAAUAAGACAACAACAAGAAAAGUUAAAAAUAAUGCAACAACAGCAACAAGUUGAAAAGGAACUAUUUAUACAAGAACAACAGAGAAGACAGGAAGAAGAACAUCGGCGACUACAAGAACAACUCAUCAAUACCAAGAUGCAGUCCUCCAUUCCUCAAAUGACAAUGUUAGAUAGUUCUGAUAUGUCUCUGAGUAUCGCAAUGCAAAACCAGAUUCGUAAAUUAGAACUUGAAAAGAAAUAUUUGGAAGAGACUUUGGAAAGUUGUCAGAAACGUUUCUAUGAAGAUCUACAGACAAUGGAAAUGACACACAGAAAUCGUCUUAAGAUAGUAGAAGAGGCUUCUGAGAGGAGAGAACAGAGACUAAAACAAGAAAAUGAUGAAAUAGCUAUGCAGAGUCUGGCCAAGUUGAAGAUUUUGGAACAGCAAAAAACUGACUUGAUAAGCUCGCAUCACAAUAAAAUUAUGGAAUAUGAAGACCAGAAACUGACAGAGAUUGGUAAACUGAAGGCUUUACACAGGUCUACUUUAGAGGAGCUAGUAAAAGAUCAUCAACUAGAAAUUAACAGAAUAAAGAGAACGCAUGAAUCUGAGAUUGACACCGUAAGGGGAACUCAUACACAUACAAGAGCCUUGCAGACUGUUAUAGACCAGGUGUCGGCCAAUGCUAAGGAUUUAGGUAGUCUGCAGCAUAAAGUAGAAAGUCAGCAUUAUUCUAAUCUGGAUGAAAGAGAAAUAGAAGCUAGACAGAAAGAUGAACAGUUGAAAAUACUGCAGCAGAGGUUGUCAAGGCAACAAGAAGAUAAUGACAGAGAAAGAGCUAAAUUGCAAGAAUUGAUAAGCCGAAUGGAGAGUCAUAUGAGUGAACAAGCUAAACAAUUAGAACAGGAAAGAUGGAGAGUGAAGCAAGAGGAAUCAAAACUAAACAGUUUACAAAUCUCAUUGGAUGAGGAAAGGAAAAUGUUAACUGAAAGGAUGACUUCUGAGAGAAUAGAGAUUCAGAAAGCCAAGGACAAUCUACUUACUGAACAGAAGACUAUAAUGGGGCAGCUAUAUGAAGAAAGAAAGGCACUGGCUGCAGAGAGGGCACAGGUCUCUGCUAGUCAGAAGAUACUGAUGGAGGCCAAACAAAGAGAAGGCACCAAGACAAUGCAGGUAGAAGCUGAGCGUGAAGGUCUGAUGAGUUCAUUGGCUGAACAAAAAGCUGAGCUGGUUGGCAAGAACAUGACUCUGAAACAACAAGAAGAGACGUUAGCUAAAGAGCGGAGAGCAUUACAGGCAUACAAAGAAGAGUUGGAGGUUGAGAAGAUAAAGUUGCAUGAUGUCGCGGAAACUUUGCGAAAACGAUCAUUGGAAAUUGCAGAGAGUGUUAAUGAGGCAGCCAUAGUUAAAGAGGAAGGUGAGAAAGCGUUUGAAACAUCACAUAAAAUACAGAGUGAGCACGACCAGAGGAUUGCUUCAAUUCAAUCACAGAUAAAGCUGCUUAGAUCAACGGAAAAACAGAUUGCACAGGAUCGCCUACAUUUGGCAAAGGAACAGAAGGCAUUGGAAGAGAUCCGUGGUAGUAUAAUGUGUACAAAAUGUGGUGGCCCAGUCAGUGUUUAUACAGGUACACCAUCAUCAGUGAGUCCAGCACCUGUGGCAAUUCAGACCACGGCGCCGACAAUGCAGGCUAUGCAGACGACAAUAAACAAAGACGAUGUCUUACAAGAGUUAGUAGUACAAGCUGAAAUGGAUCGUACUUUAAGAAUGUGGAGAAUAUCAGCAGAGAAGGACAAAGCCUUUUUGGAGGAAGAGACAUAUUUCUUGGAAUCCUUGAAAAGUCCAGCUUUGACAAACUCCCUCCCUGGAUCAUUUGUACAGAGGGUGUAGCAGUAUUAUAAUAAUAAUUUUCUAAUCUCUGAUUUCAAUUUGUAAAAAAAGAAAUCUAACAUAUUUUUGUACUUUAGCUGGACAUUUCUAAUUUAUUAUUGUAAUAUUUUUUGUAAUUAAAAAUAAACAUAGA